UAUUAGUUCUUCAUAAACAACCUUUUACCAAUGGCUUUCAAGAGUCUUCUGAACCUACUGUAAAUCCUGAAACCUUCAUGAUAAUGCUUUACAAGGUGAUCCAAAUGAGAUUGGAUGCAGGACCCUUGGCAAUACAAGAAUUAAACACACUUAUAAAAGGUUUUAUAGCAAAACAUAUGCUAAAACAUAAUCAAGGAGCAAUUCGCAAAAACUCCAAAAGAAUAUUGUUGGCUAAAUCUCAAAAUAUAGAAAAUUCUUUGGAU